AGUUGAAUUUUAAACAUUGCUUAAAGCGGUUGUGGCAAGUGUAAAAUAAUUUUAAAAUAAAAUAAAAAAAUAAAUUAAAUUGUUUACUAUUUGUUGUUGUAAAAAUAAAUUAACGCAGUUUAAGACAACGAGCAUUAUUAAUUGAGCAUUUUUUUGUUACACUUUAACAAAUCUACAUCUCGUUUUCCUUCCUGCAUGUUUUUGUCAUUUUAAAUUUACAAAAUGAGUGACUUUGAAGAAUCUCCCCAACCGGCGGAAAACGAACCGCUUUUAACUGCACAAACCCCUUUGGCCGAACUAAGUGAAGUGCCACCAGAUCCCGAAGAUUUUUACGCUGAAGAAGAGAAAAACGUAACAGCUGUGGCAAACAAAUCGAAUGAUAUGGCAGCUGUAAGCAAAGAAUUGGACGCUGAUGCGCCAGCAAAACCUUCAACUGCUGAAGACAGUAUAUUUGCUGUACUUUAUACGGUCGCUAAGAAGGUCGCCAUAGUUGGUUCAAUUUAUGCUGUCGGUUAUAUGGGUUGGUCGGUGGCAUGGCUUAUUGCUCCCGUUAUAUUGUCAGUAGCUCGUGAUCGUUUCCGUAAGACCACAGAACAUAAGCGCAAUAUUGCUAAGGCUUCGGCUAUGGCCUCGGAAAAGGAGGUGAUAUUGGCAAGAAUUGAUGAAUUGCCAGCAUGGGUUUACUUUCCCGAUGUUGAACGAUGUGAAUGGGUUAACAAGAUCCUCAAACAACUGUGGCCCAAUGCCAACCAUUUCGCUCGCACUCUAGUCAAGGAAACAAUUGAACCGGCUGUUGCCGAAUCUUUGUCACAAUAUAAAAUGAACGGCUUCCGUUUUGAUCGCAUCAUUUUGGGUACCAUACCACCACGCAUCGGCGGUGUUAAGGUCUACGACAAAAAUGUCGGACGUAAUGAAAUUAUCAUGGAUUUAGAUCUCUUUUAUGCCAGUGACUGUGAUAUUAAUUUCUAUUUGGGUAGUAUGAAGGGUGGCAUUAAAGAUUUCCAAAUACACGGUUGGGUAAGAGUUGUAAUGAAACCUUUGAUACGCAGUAUGCCUUUGGUCGGCGGUUUGCAGAUAUUCUUUUUGAAUAAUCCCAAUAUUGAUUUCAAUUUGGUGGGUGUUAUUGAUUUUAUGGAUAUGCCAGGUUUGAGUGAUUUACUGCGUAGAAUUAUUGUAGAGCAAAUAGGAAAUAUAAUGGUAUUGCCCAAUAAGCUGCCCAUAACACUGAGUGAUGAGGUGCCAGCGGUGGCUUUAAAAAUGCCAGAACCAGAGGGCAUUUUGCGUAUACAUGUGGUGGAGGCCAAGGAUUUAAUGAAAAAGGAUAUAGGCAUGUUGGGCAAGGGUAAAUCUGAUCCUUAUGCCAUUAUCAAUGUGGGUUCCCAAGAAUUCAAAACCCAAAUUAUUGACAACAAUGUUAAUCCCAAAUGGGAUUAUUGGUGUGAGGCCAUUGUUAACUCACCCAUAGGUCAAGAGGUGGUAUUUCAUUUAUGGGAUUCAGAUUUAUCGGAUUAUGGUAUACAAAAUGAUGAUCCAUUGGGCAGAGCUUCAAUCGAAAUUAUCAAUGCCGUUAAAAGAGGUGUAGUGGAUACGUGGUUAACAUUGGAAGAUGCCAAACAUGGUCUGCUGCAUGUGCGCCUGCAAUGGUAUAAACUUACCGCAGAUCCUUCCGACUUGCAAGCCGCCCUCUUAGAAACCCAACUACUUAGAGUUUCCUCUAUGAGUACUGCCUUAUUAACGGUCUUCAUUGACUCUUGUAAGAAUCUGAAACAGGCUCGUGUUCACUCUAAACCCGAUCCCUAUUUGGUGGCCAGUGUGGGUAAACAAAAACAACAGACCGCCAUGAUUAUGCGUGAUGAUUCGCCCGUUUGGGAACAAGGUUUUACUUUCUUGGUUGGCAAUCCUGAUAAUGAUACUUUGCAAAUUAGAAUUUAUGAUCAAAAAACUGGUUCGGAAAUUGGUCAGUAUGGUUAUGUUAUAGCUUCGCUAAUGAACAAGGAGAGAAUGGAAUUAGUAUCACAACCUUUCCAAUUACAAAAAUCUGGACCAGAAUCUAAGCUCAUAAUGUCUUUGUCCUUGAGAAUAUUGAAAAAGGCGGAGAUAAUAGAGGAUCCAGAUAAUCCCGAACCCUCACUACCACAAUUAUCACGCACAACUUCUGUUAUGAGUAAAACUCCCAGUAUACAAGAGAAAACCUCACCUAAGGACUUACAAUCUCAAUCUAGUCGCAUUUCAUCUACCGAAUCUCCUUUAACCGAAGAAGAAGAGUCCAAUCUAAAAGUCUCCACUUCAGCGAAUUUACAAUCGAUUACACCACCGCGCAGUCCGAAACCUUUUACGGCCGCAUUAAUAGGCGGUGAUUCGGUUUUGACUCAUCGUGUACCCGAUUUGACAACUUCACCCGGCGAAUAUGGCUUGGGACGCAUGCAAAUGACAUUACACUAUAUGGUGCAGCGUCAGAAGUUAUUCGUUACCAUUCAUAAAAUAAUGAAUAUACCCUUAAGAGAUCCCUCUAAUAUUCCCGAUCCUUAUGUUAAGCUUUACCUACUACCCGGUCGCAGUAAAGAGUCAAAACGUAAAACUAUCGUUGUCAAGGAUAAUUGUAAUCCCGUGUAUGAUGCCACAUUUGAAUAUUUGAUUUCUACGGCUGAAAUGAUGCAAUCCGAAUUAGAAGUGACGGUUUGCACGCAGAAGGGCUUUUUGUCGGGUGGUAGUCCUAUUAUUGGAAUGCUUAAAAUCCCCCUCAAUGAACCAGAAAUCUCAGAGGAAGGUCUUACUACUUGGUUUGAUUUACAGCCAGAGCAUAAACAUGAAUAAAUGUUUUUUUUGGAA